AAAUAAUCUGGCAACGCUGAUACGUGUUUUGUUUACAAAGCAAAAUGGCUUCGUCAGGAGAGGGUGGCAGUAAGGUGGACCAAUGGAGAAGACAGGUGAUGCUGGGGACACUGCCCAAUGACUUCCUGCGCAUGCCCAAGACACCGGCACAGACACAGGAGGAGGUGGACCAUGCCACGGCACUGCACCUCCAGCACCAGAUGAUGGCGCAGCCCCAGCAGGCUGUGGGCAGGCUGCAGAUGACGGUGGUGUCGGCGGUACUCAACAAAAACUACGGCAUGACAAGGAUGGACCCCUAUGUGCGAGUAAGGGUGGGCCAUUACAUUUACGAAACACAAACCGACACCAAUGGGGCAAAGACACCGCGGUGGAGCAAGGUUUUCCAGAUUUACCAGUUCCCCAAGGGUGUCAACACGAUACACAUUGAAAUUUACGACGAGAGGACCCUGACGGACGAUGAGUUGAUUGCGUGGGUCAACCUGCCGAUUCCUGAGACAAUAUUCCAGGGUGAGACUGUGGAUGAAUGGUACAGCCUGUCAGGGAAGAUGGGAGAGGGCCAGGAGGGAGCCAUCAAUGUUGUCCUCUCGUACACGACAGCACCUGCCCUGCCACACGCCUUUGGACAGGUGAUGAUGGUGCCGCCUUAUGCCUACGGCUCUGAAUACACCCACGUACCUGUGUACACCCUCCCACCUAACCAGCAGGCCCCCACUUGUGCCCAGCCCCAGCCUAGGCCCAUCUCAGAGGAGGACUUUCAACAGCUUGGAGAAAUGUUCCCAUCAGUGGAGGCAGAGGUGGUCAAGUCAGUGCUGGAGGCGUCACAUGGGAACAAGGAGAAGGCAAUUAACUCCCUCCUUCAGAUGCAAGACUCCUGAACACCACCGCCAUCACCACCACCACUACUUCCCCGCUGACAGACAAUGGCUACAACUUAAACUCUUCUCCUUCAGGAAUUUUUGGGCCUUCACGGUGUUCUCAUGUGGUUUUGCUAUGUGAGGAUUAGAGUUUAGUAAAGAGGAGGAGGAGGAGGCGGAGGAGGAGGAGGAGAAGGAUGGUCAUAACUUAAACUUCUCCUUCAGGAAUAUUUGGGCCUUCAUGGUGUUCUCUUGUAGUUUUGUUAUGUAUGUGAGGAUUAGAAGUUAGUGAGGAGGAGGAGAUGGAGAAGCAGGAGGAUUAAGGUUUACAGUAUAUAGUGAUUUGUAACUUAUUAUUAUGUUAUUCUCAUUCAUAACAAUCUGUGAUAGAAGAGGAAACAUGGGAAAAAAAAUGAGAGAAGGGUAAGGAAAUAUAGACAGAAUAUUUGGUGAUAAAAAGUAUGUGAUUAUAGAAAAGAGGAAGAGGAGAUAAAGAAUAAGACAUAAGAAAACAAAAGAGAAGAAAGAUAAAAGUACUGAUAACUUUUUGGGAUAAAACAUUUUCAUUGUAACUUGCGAGAGAGAGAGAGAGAGAGAGAGAGAGAGAGAGCCUGUGGUUUCAUGAUAGGAAGAGUAACAAAAAGACUUAAUAUUAUCUCUUUUGAACACAGUGCACACUCACCUUAUCUUAUAAGAGAGAGAGAGAGAGAGAGAGAGAGAGAGAGAGAGAGAGAGAGAGAGAGAGAGAGAGAGAGAGAGAGAGAGAGAAUGAUUGUUAAAGGUAAGAAAGUUUGAAGAUAAUUUGACAUAAUUUCACAUUCUCACCCAGACUUACUGAGAGAGAGAGAGAGAGAGAGAGAGAGAGAGAGAGAGAGAGAAUGCAAGAUAGAUAAUUUGUAAGAAAGAUAUAUUGACUUAACCUAACUUAUCAAAAAUCUGGGACCUCUUUCGGAUAACUUUGCAAAUGUUUUAGCAACCUGAGUUUUAAGUUAGCUUGUAUUUGCAGGAUAUUUAUUAAGCUUUUCUUGAGUACCUAUGUAAUUAUGUAUGGAUUAUGAUCUUUUAUUCUUGUUCUUCCUCCUCCUCCUCCUCCUCCUCCUCCUCCUCCUUUGCUCUUGUUCUCUUUUGUAAUGAUUGUUGUGUUUUGCGUGUGAUUUUGUAAUGCUGCAUUUGUCUCUUGUUAUUCUGUGUCAUUUUUUAUCUUUUCUUCUUCUUCUUCUUCCUGUGUUGUAUUCUCAUCUUUUUUUCUUUGCAACGGUGACUCUGAAGUUAUGUGUGGCAAAGAAUUUAUUUAUUUAUUUAUUUUCUUCUCUCGAUCUGCAUUUCUAUCAGUAUUAAUUCUUUUUUGUUAUUUCUUCUAAUGCUGUAUGAACUCAAUGUUGUGGCAUUUUGUAUUAAUUUAUCACUUAUUUUUCUUUCAUGAUUAGUAUUCUGAAGACUUUUUUUUUUUUUUUUUUUGUGUGUGUGUGUGUGUGUGUGUGUGUGUAAAAUGGCCAGUGUGUGACAUAUAUAUGGUAUUUAUACAUGCAUUUGUUAUUCACCAUGGUCCUCAAUAGCAUUUCUUUGCCUCCAUUUAUGAACACUUAAAAUUUUAGGUUAGUAUCCAUCAUAUUAAAAAAAGAAAACAAAAAUUAUGGAAUGGUGGUUAUAAUUUAUUAAUUUCCUGUCCCCUCUGAUGCAAUAUUUUGAAAAGUAACUAUUUUGGACUUUCUGUAUAUGUAAUUCUGUAUUUUGUAUGCCUCUGUAUAGGUGUGAGAAAUGCCUUGAUGUAUAUACAUAAGAGGAAGAUGUAUGGUGGGUGCCAGUGGAGUCAUAUCAAUACUCUUACACUGGCACUAUCAGUAAUUAUUUUGUCCUGGCACUCUUUCACCACUUGUCUGCCAGGGAAGAAAGUUAACAUAUUUACUAAAGUUUUAUCUAUUUAUCUAUGUAGUAAUUUAUAGCAGUUAUCUUAUCAUUAAUUUUGUCUUGGCACUCUCUUACUAAUGAGGAAAGAAAGUGAUCAUAUAAUGUGGCUUCAUCUUUUUAUCUCUCCUAGUAAUUUAUAUCUUUAAUUUUCAAGGGGAACUCAAGUCAUUAAUUUUGUCUUGGCUGUCUUACUAAUCAAGGAAAAAAGCUAUCAUAUUCUGUAGCUUUAUCUAUUUAUCUCUUUAAGUAAUUUAUAUAUAAGUAAUUUUCUGUUGGAACUCUAUCAUUAAUUUUGCCUUGGUGUUCUCUUACUAAACUAUCAGGGUAAAAGAAGUUACAUUCUCUGGCUUCAUCUACUCGUAUUUAUCUCUUUCAGUAAUUUAUAUCAGUAAUUCUCUCCUUACACUCUAUCACCAGUUUUGUCUUGAUGUGUUACUAAUCUGUCAGGGGAAGAUAACUUAUUUAUUUAAUGCAAAUUAAGCUGUAACUCAGUCCAUUUAUUUAUUAUGAAAACCCAUGCCAGUCUUGCCCAUGUCCAUAUUUGGCUGAGGUGUGAAGCUGGGACUGACUUGUGACCUGGAAGAAUUGGUGACCUGUAACUUGACUAAUUGGUGACUAUUUACUGGUUAAUAUUGAUGACUAUACAUAACUUCUUUAUAGCUUGUAACUUAUCUAACUGGUGACUACUGGUUAAUUUCAGUGACUGCACAUAACCAGCUCUUAACUUGACAGAAACUACAUAUCUUUAUUAGUCUAAUAUCCUGUGAUAAGUUAUAAUUAUUGCUCAUACUAGGGAGGCAGGGUACUAAAUGCUUCACCUCGCACAGAAGUUAUUACCAAAAAAGCAAAGCACUGCAUUCUCAAACAUUUCAAACUCUAUCUCUUUGCCCUGUACCUCAAGAUGCUGUUCUCUCUUAGGUCACAGAAAUGAUAAGUCAGGGUCUCUUAAAAGGUGAAAAAUUCAUGUUAAACAGUGUUUGUUCUCUUAAAAGGUGAAAAAUUCAUGUUAAACAGGUUCUUAUAGCUGUUUAUUCUCUUGAAAGAUGCAGAAUCCUUGUUAAAACUAUCACUUGAUGAUUGAAAAUGCCCUUGAAAAUCCCAAUUACUUCCACUACAACCUGUCAAAGAUAGUUAAGAAAUGUUUAUGAAUAUGGAGUUUCACAGUUCAUGUAAAUUAUUAGUCAGGUCCUCAUGAGAAUAUGUUUUCUUGAAAAACCUCAUUAAUUCCACUACAGUGUGUCAAAAAUAGUUAAGAAGUGUUCAAGAAUGUGGUUUUCUAACUUGAGUACUUUAAAUAGACUUUAGUGAAAGCUGUUGUGUUGCUAAGGAUGUUUUCAUUAUUGUAAAAAUACUUCAGUAGCUUCUAGUGGGAGCUGUUGAAAUUUUUAAGGACAUUUUCAUGAUUCUGUUGAUAAUUUAAGAAACACAAGCAGAAAUUACUGUUUUCAAAGAGUUUAACGUGUGUGGCAGAAGUUAUUGUGAGGUUUAAGGGUGGUUUCUGAGUUCAGUGAUAGUUUAACAUAAAUAAAUAAAUACAUUCUGCAACAUGAAGGGGUAAAACAAGAACCCAACCAGUCAUUACUGUGGCCUUCAAAAACAGUCUGAUUGAGAGAACUGUUUCAUAAUAUCCAAAUAGCCAUAUACAGAUUAACAGGCAGACACCAAUAAACAAACUCACUCUCACUGUAAUGUUAACUCAUCCAUGGCAUAAUUAACUUAGUGUGGGCAUCAUAGCUUUUGUUAACGUUAUCUAAUUAUAUUUUUAGUCCCUGGUUUAGCUGGACAAGUGUUUGCAGGUGACUAAUUGUAUUGUGUAUGUAUAUGUUAUAACUGCAGAUGUGUGUGGGUGUGUGUAAAUUUAUGUAGCUGAAAGCCUAGAUGUCAUUAUAAUGGAAAAUAUGUAAUGAUGAAAAAUUAUCA